AUGAGAACGAAGCUGAAUUGGUGCUUCUUCUUCCUUGCGACACUUAUCUUACUUCAAAGUAGGACAGAGUGCGCCACGGUGCUGUCGUCAAGUCAGCUACAGACUUGUAUUCAGGACGGCUCGGCUGAAGCCUUACUGCUGCAGUGCUCCAAGAAGCUGAUUCUCACACUUGCAGUGGAGAACGGGGCGUCUCUUGCAACACAGUCUCUACAAUUCAGUGUCCCAUGCAUCAACAGUGGGAGCAGCGGGUGUCCUUGCACGUGUAACUACGCAACGGACCCUGGCUGCACAUGCCGGGACCUGAGAGACACCCUGAAUGUGACCAUCACAAAGGGCGCAGUCUAUGCGUCCUACCCCCUGAUAUACCAGCAGGCUUUCAACAACCGGCCGACAGAGGCAAUCAUCAGGACGGGGGCGAACUUCCCCAUAUCCUCCUGCAAUGACGGCCCUCUCAGCGACACCCCCACCUGCGGCUGGGCAACAGACGCCAACGGAGCGCGCAUCCCGGCCAGCCAGGGCUUCUGCUGCUCCUGCACCUCCUCGGCCCUCGCGGCCGCCACCCUCGGCAGCGGCACUGACCAAUAUACGCGUGCCAGCCUGGACUGCGAUCUGUUCCACACAUGGCUGCGCACCCCUGGCUCCGCGCAUUGCCUGCGCAUGGACGAUCUCUACUACCAGGGGUACCAGGUGGACCCUGCAAGGCUGGACUUUAACAUUCAGAUCUCCAUCCAGUCCGCCAACACCAGCGUGACACAGACGCUCAGCCUCAAUCCGACCCAGCCGUUUGUGGUGAAUGACGCCAACACAGUGGCCGCCAAGCUGCUGGGAGACCUGGCCACUUACCAGUCCAUGCCAGACUUCAGCAGCUACUACCUCAUGAUCCCCUCCCCUGCAGACUCCUCGCCGCAGCAGGUGCUGAGCAGCAACACAGACAAGUGGAUGAUGGUGGACAAGAGCAUGGUGUCGACAGACGGCACCACCUGCAACAAAGUUGGGACCAGCUACUUUGCGUUCCAGUACCAAUCGGGAAGCUGCCAGCAGCCACAGGGCACCUGCUUGGGCAACCAGCUGUAUGACCUGUACCAGGCCGAUGUCAAGCGCAUCUCUCAGGGCACCACUCCCGUCAACUUUGUCAGCCGCUGGGGCGGGGGCCAGCCGGGCGCCAAUCAGGCGUCCUAUAGCAGCAGCGGCAGCCUGAGAUUCGCCCUGCCGAUCACGAACAUUCUCAACAGCGUUGUGACGCUCACAGUGAACGCGGACGCGGUCAUGCUGAUCGACAACGUGAGCCCCGGCAAGAUCCUGAGCGCGCAGGUGUGCCAGUUCAACAACGCCACCUGCGGCAGCUUCCAGGCGCUGACUCAGCGGGGUUACCUCACCGCCACCGUGCAGAACGCCGGCAGCAUUGCCGCGACCUUCAUCGUCUCGGUUGUGAAUUGCACAGCAUCCGUGACGCCCAUUGUGGCGCAGUCGGCAACUCUUGCAAGCAAGGCCACAAAGGCGCUGACCUUUGACAUCUUCCUCACCAGCAACAAAGCGGAUGCUGCAAUCACCUGUGAUGUCGGCCUGACAGACUCGCAGGUGAAUGGGGCAGGAGCCCCACAGACUGGGCCGUCCGAUUGUGCGGCGCUGUGUCCGAAUGUGAAAGAUGUGAUGUGCAAAGUGCGCCACCGGUGCUGGAAGAGCCUGGUGUCUCUCUCUGCUGGCCUCAUCGGCCUCCUGGCAGGAGGAAGUUCAAGCAGUCCGGGCCUUUUGAGGUCAAGAGAGUCAAUGUACACAGACAUGGAGAUGUCAAGGACUGUCUUGGCUGGGUAUGCACCCAUGGGAGCCAUCAGUGUGGAGGAGCUCAUGGCAGGCUACGAGUCCAGGCAGGUGGCUUAUCUGGACCUGCGCAAGAUGCGCGUGAAGGGGACCUCCAACCUCAUCAACAUUGGCCCAAACUCUUGCCUGGCUGGGGACAUCUCCCUCAUGCCUGAACAGCCUGGCACAUCACAGCAGGUCAUGUUCAAGGUGAAGGAAACGCUGAGAUGGCAGCUGAUGCACUAUGAUGUCAGCGCGGGCGCUUAUUUGCAGCUUGAUGACCCGCGCCCUCUCGAACUGUCCUACCUUACCAUGCUCCUACCAGCAGAUGCGCUUCACUUUGAGCCUCAGGGCCGUUGCUUGAAUGAUGCCAAUGCCAGGAGAGGGCGCAAACCUGUCAGGGCGUCCGUACUGGCCUCCGCACCACCACUGCCAGAUGUGCAGAGCUUGCAAGACCUGUGGAAUGGCUUUAAUGCCACAAAAGUGGUGUAUCUUGACCUGAACAAGAUGGAGCUGCAGCCAGAGACCGGGCUGACGAACGUGGGGCCACGUGGGUGCCUGGCCGGGGACAUGCACAUGGUGCCUGGCCAGAUGGGCGCCUCCUCUCAGGCAAUCUUCAGGAUCAAGCAUCAGCUGAGGAGCCAGCUGCUGCAGUAUGAGUCUGCCAGCGCAAGCUACCUCCCGAUGGAAACUCCGCGUGCUCUGGAGGCCAAGCUGCUGACGCUGUUCCUUCCAGGGACAGUCGCGCUCGAGCUGCUGAGCUUGCAGCCGCAGGGUUGCUGCCUUAACGAUGCCAAUGUCAAUGACCCAGAGCUCGGCAGACCCCCUCCACAGACCCUGCAGGAGCUUUGGGACGCCUAUGAGAAGCAGCAGGUUGCAUUCUUGGAUCUGGAGCGCAUGCAGCUGCUGCCACAGAGUGGCCUGGAGAACGUUGGCCCUGCUGCCUGCCUGUCAGGGCGGCUGCAGCUGCUGCGCGGCCAAUUUGGAACCAUGUCACAAGUGCUUUUCAUGAUGAGGCGGGUGUUGGACAAGCAGCUGGUCUCCUACAACUCCCGAUCAAGAGGAUAUGAUUUGCUGCCUGAACCUCAUCAGCUGGACAAUCAGCAUGUCGGAAUGCUCCUGCCCGCAGUCAUUGCACUUCAGGUGCUCAGCACGAAGCCCAAGGGUGUCUGUUUGAAUGACACCCGUGUGACGAGACCAAAUUUGCAUGCAACGACACCACCUGCAUCUGAAGGGCUGAUCAAUGGUGGUUCUCAGCCAGAGCCUAUAUCACCUCAGGUGAUCUUCACGGUUCCUGCAGCUCGUGCACUUCAACUGUCUCAGUUCAACGAGGAGAGUGAUAGAUACGAAUCGUUGGCCGAGCCUCUACAGCUGGAUGCCAGCAAGCUGACAGUCAUGCUGCCGAUGCACAAAGCCACGAAUAUCAUCACGCUGGAUUUGCGCGGCCAUUGCCUCAACUGA